AUGCCCAUCUCAUCUCGCUUAAUUGGCGCUUGCGAUUCGCCAAAGCACCCGAUCAGACCCGCCACGGACGAAUUUGCGCUGUUCGCGGUGUGGUUACGUCAGCAUCUGCCAGUUGUCUUCCAUCCCUUCGUCCACCUUCUCAAUAAGUCAAGACCUCUCAUGAUGGCUUUGGAGUAUAUUGCACCUCCUUAUCUUGUAGACACUUCACUCAUAACUCGGACGCAUCAAGCUUUGAAGACGGCACCCUCAUCCCGGAAUGAUUACAACCCAGGGAACAAGAUACGCCCACCCGGCUUCGCAUAUGAAACCACGUCUGUCAUCCAGGGAGUGACUGUAGUCUUUGCGACUUUAUGCAAUUCCCAACGUCUUUCCGGUCUCUCCGUCGACGGAAUUCAUGAUUAUGGACAACUCCGGCUUGGCCGUAUGACCAGAACCAGUUGUAUAUGUGCCAAUAUUGAGACCGACGUUUUGAUUGUUUCAAGUGAGGCCGUCAAGUAA